GUACACUUAGAACUCCGUGUGGGGGGGAUUCGUUGACGGUGACAGGUUGUAAAAGAAGGAAUUCCAUCACUAUUUUUAAAGUCACACGCGGAUCUGGGGGCGUGGAAGGCUGAGCACACAGACCAUUUGGCUCGUGGAACACCACAUUGAAAGUGGUUUAGCCUAUGUGGAUUGUUUUACCCGCUCUAGCUGCUUGUAGUGCUCCAGCAUACCCAAAACCAUUUGGACACAACACGGUUCGUGCGGUCGUGCUCAUUGGUACGGUAUUACUUUGUUUUCAAAUGAUAUUUUCUGUCAAUUUCCCAUCCGUGGAAAAGCCUACGGCAAUACUUUCUAAUCCGACUGUAUGGAACAUUUUUUUUUUAAACAAAUCAUGUUUCUGCCUAAAGCUAUUGUUUAUGGUGACCACUUGUGAGCCAGGCAUGUCAAUAUGGACGAGUAACAUCGAUGGCGAAAUGACACCGGGGAUUUAUUAGCUGUCACCGCAGCCACUGAAAUCAUAUCCUGCAAAUAUUGGCAGGUGACAAAUUCACCUGGAUGUCAGCCUACUUCUUUUCACUGACCCUUUUCAACAGACUGGGUUAUUGUAUAUAGCACAGGGACCGCACAGCUUCCAUAUUCCCUAAAGGAAAUAAUACGAUUUUGAACUGCAUACUGUUUAUUGGGAUUGAGUCAUGGAUUACAACAUUUGCAUUGUCCAUUCUUCGCGUGUUCUCGAUGCUUAGACCGCAUUAUUUGCGAACAGAUUUGGUGAUUUCAAUUUGCAUUUAACAAUGCGAUUUCAAAUCCGUUUGGGGAAGUAGUUAUAGGUGAAGUGUUCUGUUCUGCAUUCUCUACAUUACUUACAACACCCAAACAUGACAAGCACCGGACCCGUUAUCGUGUUUGAGUGGCUGAAGACCCUCCAGCUCUCUAUGUAUGUGGAGUCCUUUGUGGAUAACGGCUACGAUGAUCUGGAAGUUUGCAAACAAAUUGGGGACCCCGACCUGGAUGCUAUCGGUGUAUACAUACCGCACCACCGGCAACGGAUCCAUGACGCGGUGCAAAGGCUGAAAGACGAGGAUAAGGAAACUGCGGCGGGGCUGUAUUUUACGCUUGAGCCGAUGCCCCCCGCGUCUGAAAUGUACACCAGGCAUCUGGUGGACCAGUACGAUUCCAAACUGCGGGCGUCCAAGUCUUGGACCGAAUCGAACAGUGACCGGGUGGGGGGAAAAGGGGGCGCGUAUCUGGGCGCACAGAGGAACCUGACGCUUGGCAAGCGGAGGGAGUUGGGGAUUUACCCCAAAUUGAAGCUGAAGAUCAUGAUUAGAGAUAAACUAAUCAAAGAUGGAGUCAACCUCGCCAGGCCGCCAUACUCCAACAAGGAUGGUUCUCUGGGGAACAUUGAUGACCUGGCCCAGGAGUACUCAGAGUACUACAACACCUCAUUCAGUGACGUAAGCGACCGCAUGGAGGAGCUACGCAAGAGACGUGUGUCCCAGGACCUCGACAUGGAGAACGUUGACACAAGCUCCACCUCCCCGCAGCUUCGCUCAGAGAUCCAAGAGUCCCUUGGCUUCAGCAGUGAGGUGUCCACUCCAGAGACAGAGAGAAAGAUGUCUCUGCAGAAGUCCAGCUCUGAAGACGGAGGCAAAUGGGACAAUAAGAAGAAGAACAAGUCCUUCUGGCAGAACUUUCGCAAGACGUCGCAGAAGGGAGUCAUACGGCAGACUUCGAAAGGAGAGGACAUAGGCUACGUGGCCAGUGAGAUUACCAUGAGUGACGAAGAGCGCAUCCAGCUGAUGAUGAUGGUGAAGGAGAAGAUGAUCACUGUUGAAGAGGCUUUAGCUCGGCUGAAGGAGUAUGAGAGCCACAGCAGACAGUCCAGCAGUACUGACACUGCAGAGUGGACUGACGGAUCCAGUCCCAAUCUAAACCAGUCCUCUAACUGCAACUCUCGGGAGCAGUCUGAUGAUGAGCAGUCAGAGGACUCUGUGAAGUUCAAACGGCUCCACAAGCUGGUCAACUCUACCCGCCGUGUCAGGAAGAAACUCAUCAAGGUGGAAGAGGGGAAGAGACCCAUCUCCGAAGAUUCUUUGAGACUGGAGGUGUCUUCGACCUGUGAGGACAACACAGCCCUGUACACAGGGGUCCUGAAGAAGUCCAGCCUGCCCCAGGAUGCCUCCCUGUCCUCCCUGACCCAGGACCAGCUCUCUCUGGACGGGGACACAGACAGCCUGACCACCUCCCCUUCCUCCAGCAGCCUGGACACCACCUGGUCCGGACACAAGCUGGUCAAGACCUUUUCUAAGUCCAGCAGCACCCACGGCCUCAUCCGACCCCCCAGGAAAGUCCCUGCUGGGUCUGGGCGUCUGGUAGCCGUCGGGGUGGAAGAUAGUGGUUCCUCCUUCUCGGAGCUGGACGGCUGUGGAGCCGAGGAAGAAGAGGUGUCGUGCUCCAUGACGGAGGGCGAGAUGAGGAAAGCCAUGACCUCUCUCUCCCACGGGAGGACGUGUAGUUUCGGAGGGUUUGACCUGUCCAACAGGUCACUCCAUGUGGUCAGUGCAGGCUCGGAGCCCAAUAGUAAGUAUCCAGAGGCUGUAUACCGGGAGGUAGUCAAGUCUCCCACGACGUCUCGUAUCUCUCUGGGAAAGAAGGUCAAGUCUGUAAAAGAAACCAUGAGGAAACGGAUGUCCAAGAAGUACAGCAGCUCACUGUCUGAACAGUCGAGCCCAGAUGGGGCACCCAGCUCCCCCCAGUCCCCCCAGCCAGACAUAGAUUCCCUGGAGAAACCCAAACUGAAGGCUGGAGGAUCAGUGGAGAGCCUCCGGAGCUCCCUCAGCGGACAGAGCUCCAUGAGUGGUCAGACGGUCAGCACCACAGACUCGUCAACCAGUAACAGAGAGAGUGUCAAGUCUGAGGAUGGAGAUGACGAGGAGCCUCCCUACAGAGGGCCCUUCUGUGGCAGAGCACGAGUACACACUGACUUCACCCCUAGCCCCUACGAUUCAGAUUCCCUCAAACUAAAGAGAGGGGAUGUGAUUGACAUCAUCAGUAAGCCCCCCAUGGGGACAUGGAUGGGUCUGCUCAACAAUAAGGUGGGCACCUUUAAGUUCAUCUAUGUGGACGUGCUGAGUGAGGAGGAGGAGAAGCCCAAGAGACCCGUCAGAAGGAAGAGGAAGGGCAGACCUCCCAAACCCACCUCUGUAGAGGAGCUGCUCGAACGCAUCAACCUCAAGGAGCACAUGCCUACCUUCUUAUUUAACGGCUAUGAGGACCUGGACACCUUCAAGCUGUUGGAGGAGGAGGAUCUAGAUGAGCUCAACAUCAGAGACCCUCAACACAGAGCUGUGUUGCUCACCGCCGUGGAGCUACUGCAGGAGUAUGACAGCAGCAGUGAACCGGAGCGUAGCGGCCUGUCAGGCUCUCAGGAGAAGCUGCUGUCAGAGGGCCACGGCCUGGUGGGCGACUCGCCACGUGACUCUGGCUGCUACGAAAGCAAUGAGAACCUGGAGAAUGGCAAGAGCAGAAAGACAUCUCGCUCCAACCGCUCCUCUGUGGGCCUCCAGUCCCCAGACUACCCCACCCUGCCCAUGACCCAGUCCACUGAGGCCCUGCAGCAGGGCAAGCGCACAGUCAACUUCACCAAGCACUUCUUCCUCAAGCCCACCUUGAGGGGCUUGAGCAUGCUGGGGCUGAGGAAGGGCCCCCGCCGGACCCCCAUGCCAGCCAGUCUCAGCUGUGAGGACCUGGACGGGCCACUGGAGGCCACCAGCCCCCAGGCCUGGAAGAGAUCCCACUCCCUGGGGGACCUCCACUGGGAACAGGCCUUCCACCAGAAGAAGGACCACAGCCUGGAACCCAAGCCCGCUAAUGGUGGCUCCAAGUUGGGCACCACCAGCCCAGUGAAGGGCCUUCAGGCUCAUGGAGAUAGGGGUUCACCACCGGCUCAGAAUGGGGGGAUUGCUGUGAGCCCUAAAGGACGUUCUGAUCUCCCCCCUGUGCCCUCCCAGCUGCCCCUCAGACCACCCUGUUCUAUUGCCUUGCUUCCCCAGCCCCAGACCCAGCUGGGGGAGAGAAGCAUCUGGACUCACCCCAAAAAGCCCCCAGUGCCCCCUCCUGUCCCAAUCAAGAAGUCCAAGGAGUGCCUAGCCAAUGGGAUGUGCCACCCCUCUCUUGUCCUCUCCUCCCCAACUCAUUCCUAUUCCUCCACCAACUCUCAUCCCCCCAGCCCUGUCAUCAGCAGCCCCAGUUCCAGGGCUCCAGCCCUCCCCAGUAAGGCCUCUAGUACCCAUAUCUCCCCCUCUCCAGCCAGCCCUACUCCAGCCUCCCCUGCCUCCACCACCACCCCCUCUCUAGAACCAGAGGAACCAGGCACACCCCCGGCCGUGCCCCCUCCUUGGCUGUCUGACCUUCCCGAGUCGGCCUGCCCUCAGGCUCAGAUCCAGGGGGGUAGUGGCAAGAUGACGGUGGCCAGGAAGGUGUCCCAUGUUAAGAUGGCUGUCGAUCUCCACACCGUGCUGGAGCAGAGACUGGAGGCCGAGGGCAUUGACCUCACAGAGGAACCCUACUCAGACAAGCAUGGUCGGUGUGGUAUCCCCCAGCCCCUGGUGCAGCGCUACAGUGAAGACCUGGAGCAGCCAGUGAAAGAUGUUGCCCCCGCCAUAGACCAGGUCCGCCUCAAGCUGCUCCGCAAGCAGCACCGCAUGGCUAUCCCAUUUGGAGGUUUAACAGAGAUGUGCAGGAAGCCUCUCUCCCCGGGUCACUUGAGCACCGUCUCUGAUUGGUUGGUGUCCAUCGGCCUGCCCAUGUACGCCACGUACCUGGAAGCGGCAGGAUAUGACACGUUGGGGCACGUGUCAUCUCUCACGGAGAGUGGUGUGUGGGAGGCGGGGGUGCGGGACAAGAGACACGCCCGUAGACUGGUGAGCGAGGCCCGUUUAGUCAGCGCACACAGAGAUGCACAGUCAUAACUGUGACAGUGGAACAAAUGCAGGUGAAACUCGGAAAGUUGAACGGCUAUGUCAUGGCUGUCUGCUCAGUUGACAUAGUUGAGACUGAAACACAGUUGCAAAUAAAUGCAGAACUGAAUAACUGUGCAAGUGACCAUAGCACAGCUUUCAACAGCUAUUGAGGCUUUUGACUGGACUGCGGAUGGCUCGCUGUUGCAGCCCAGCCCACACCUGAAACUUAAGAGCAGAAAACCUGUUCUUAUUCCCCCAUGUCUUUAUCAAUCUAUUUCUGUCUUGUUUACGGUGAAACUGUUCCCGACUGUCGAGAACAGUUAUCAGAUGCCUUUAAAUCUCUCUCUCUCUCUCUCUCUCUCUCUCUCUCUCUCUCUCUCUCUCUCUCUCUCUC